UCUAAGCUCUUAUACAUUUCCUGACUUUGAAUUCAGCUUUCUCCCUCAAACUUAUUAAAAUACCCAUGGCUGGGUGUGGUGGUCCACAUCCAAGAUCAAGGUGGGACUGUGAAAUUGGGCCAGCCUGGGCUAUGUUGUGAGAUGUUCUCAAAAUCAAAGGUCUGGUCAAGUAGUACCCAUAACUACUCACAUCAGUACAGUUGAGUGUUAAUCUAGGAACCCACAGAGAUUACUACUAAAGCCAGUGGAUGUUUGGGCUUCAGACUCAGCCUAACACCUGCUGCUGAGGCUGCUGGAAGGAAGCGCUCUGCCGAAGCGCCAGUUAACUACUAAGGAUAAAGCCCAUGAUUCAUUUGGUAUUGUCAGGACAUAAACUGUAACAACAGAGAUUUAAGAGCUUCUGCUACCUCCUCACUCAUGUGUUCUUAAAAACAAAAAUUUAUUCAUUCAGUGCAUCUGUGGUUCAAGCGGCAGUCCAUUGCCUGUAUCCUGGAGGAAGGGUAGAGUUUGCGUUCUUCACAGCCAGGUCUUCACUAAGAUGGUGGUGCACAUUGGUAGGAUGACAGCCCCUCUUUAUGAACGGGGGAACUGGACACUGUAGACGGACUGUCUGCUUAAGGACCCCACAGAAGGAACAGAGGGCCACAUCCAAUGGCCUGUACACAGCAGGUCAGUGGUUUUUUUGCCUAGAAAAACUCAGGGGUCAAUAUUACUUCUGAAGACUUUAUAAGAAUCCUGUUUUGAUUACAACCAUCUCACAGUGAUAUUUUAGGACUUUUUCUUGGUUCUGGAAUUGAACCCAGGACAUCAUACUUGCCCUCACUGUUAAACCCCUAGCCUGCUAUUUUAGAAGUAUGGCCAAGUUCCUGGCUUUCAGAGGGAAGUCGGACAAUGCUGAUUUCUGAUAAGAUGGGUGUAAGGGUCCAGACCAGCAACAUCAUCAAAGUCCAGAUGAGGGAUCAGUAAGUGCAAUGUGCCUGAAGUGUAGCCCUGGAUUACAUUCUUUGGGUACACAUUAACCUAUUAAAUCGAUCCUGAUUACAAACAAACUUUGCCCCUACCUCACCUGGCAACCAUGAGAAAGGCAGAUAGAUGUCAGUCUAUAAAAGGAAACGGGAACUGCCCCCGGCUUUCAGGCUCCAGCAUCUUCCUUUUGCCAAGAUGUUACUGCUCAAACUCUUCGUGGUGCUCAUGACUUGCCUGCUGCUGCUGGGCCAGGCCAAUAGCUCCCCAGUACCAGAACUGAGUUCAGCAAGAAGAUCCCGGAGAAUGACCCCAUUUUGGAGAGGGGUUUCCCUCAGGCCCAUCGGCGCUUCAUGUCGGGAUGAUUCGGAGUGUAUCACAAGACUGUGCAGAAAAAGACGCUGUUCUUUAAGUGUGGCCCAGGAGUGAUGUUCACACCAGGGGAAAAGUCAACUCCAACAGUGCUCCGUUCUGUGGAAUAUUGGUUAACUGCAUUUGGGCUGGAGAUACUUAAGUGAAGCAAUCUUGUAUUUUUAAUAUUUAAAGACAGAUGCUUGCUUUAAACUGGCCUCCAUUUCUUCUUAGAAUGUUGUUGGUUUGUACAUAGACGUAAAUAAGUUUGUCAGAGUUUAUUUUUCUACAAAUACUAUUAAAUGUCUCAAAUCCAAA